AUGUCAAAGGCUUUGAUAAUCCAUCGCAACAUUACUCACAUUUACAAUAAUUUGCUGCUCAAUGAGAAGCAAAAGGUGCACAGGUUUGACGUGGGAAGCCCAGACUCUCCCCUAUUGAGGCAACAAGCGCCUUUUGACGAAAAUGAACCAACGACUUCCAAUGAUGGAGUGGUUUCAAUCAGCCUACCUCCAGAUUGGCUGGAGAUGGCAGAGGAAUGCAACUAUAUGCUUCUCAACGUCAAGAGCAAGGUAAAGGAGUUGGAAAAGGCACAGAACAUGAAUUUGUUGAGUGUGUUUGGAAAGAGGGGUAAGAGUAGUUAUGACAAAAUUGGAGCUCUUUCUAACGAGAUUUCAAGCAUAUUUAAGAAGAUUGAGAGGAAUAUGAAUAUGAUUGAUGUGGAUGUUGAGGAUUACGUGGAGGAUAACUUGCGAAAGAACGUUAAACGAAAGAUUGCUAGUGAGUUGAUCCCCCUCUCUAGCUCCUUUAGGAAGAUGCAAAAGAACUUUUAUGACUCGCUACAGUCUGAUUCUCAAUCCUCUACAUCACAUGUUACGGUACUUGCUGCUGCUACCACAAUCGCUCUUGGUGAUGACCUAGUCCAGGAUUCAGUACAGAUUAAUCACUUUAGCAUUGCGGAUCGAACAAGACGCCUUCAACAAAUUUCAUCUACUGUGCAAGAUUUGAAGGAAAUGUAUUCACAACUUUCCACAAUGAUUGUGGAGCAGGGAUCGAUGCUUGAUCAGAUUGAUUAUAAUGUGCAAAAGUUUGCUGAUAAUUCUCGAAACUUUGCAAAUGAGUUAAAGAGACGAUAUGAUCGUGGUAACCCAAAGAGGGCAUUGCGUACUGUUCGAAAUUUGGUUUGUGUUAUAUUUGUUCAGCUGGUUUUAAUAAUUAUAAAAUUCGCGUGA